AUGCUCAACAACCCAAAGUCAAUCAAAAUCAUCCAAAAUUUGACCCAGAGAAGUAGGUUACAUCAGGUGGAUGAAAGACCCCUGUUAGCUAAGUUACAUCAGGUGGAUGAAAGACCCCUGUUAGCUAAGUUACAUCAGGUGGAUGAAAGACCCCUGUUAGCUAAGUUACAUCAGGUGGAUGAAAGACCCCUGUUAGCUAAGUUACAUCACGUGGAUGAAAGACCCCUGUUAGCUAAGUUACAUCAGGUGGAUGAAAGACCCCUGUUAGCUAAGUUACAUCACGUGGAUGAAAGACCCCUGUUAGCUAAGUUACAUCAGGUGGAUGAAAGACCCCUGUUAGCUAAGUUACAUCAGGUGGAUGAAAGACCCCUGUUAGCUAAGUUACAUCAGGUGGAUGAAAGACCCCUGUUAGCUAAGUUACAUCAGGUGGAUGAAAGACCCCUGUUAGCUAAGUUACAUCACGUGGAUGAAAGACCCCUGUUAGCUAAGUUACAUCAGGUGGAUGAAAGACCCCUGUUAGCUAAGUUACAUCACGUGGAUGAAAGACCCCUGUUAGCUAAGUUACAUCACGUGGAUGAAAGACCCCUGUUAGCUAAGUUACAUCACGUGGAUGAAAGACCCCUGUUAGCUAAGUUACAUCAGGUGGAUGAAAGACCCCUGUUAGCUAAGUUACAUCAGGUGGAUGAAAGACCCCUGUUAGCUAAGUUACAUCAGGUGGAUGAAAGACCCCUGUUAGCUAAGUUACAUCAGGUGGAUGAAAGACCCCUGUUAGCUAAGUUACAUCAGGUGGAUGAAAGACCCCUGUUAGCUAAGUUACAUCACGUGGAUGAAAGACCCCUGUUAGCUAAGUUACAUCAGGUGGAUGAAAGACCCCUGUUAGCUAAGUUACAUCACGUGGAUGAAAGACCCCUGUUAGCUAAGUUACAUCAGGUGGAUGAAAGACCCCUGUUAGCUAAGUUACAUCAGGUGGAUGAAAGACCCCUGUUAGCUAAGUUACAUCAGGUGGAUGAAAGACCCCUGUUAGCUAAGUUACAUCAGGUGGAUUAAAGACCCUUGUUAGCUAAGUUACAUCACGUGGAUGAAAGACCCCUGUUAGCUAAGUUACAUCACGUGGAUAGACUGUUGGAGUAAGCUUCCUGUGCAGGCGUCGGUGUGGUGCUGAGAGUGACUGUGUGGAGGACAAGAAAAAUAAUGGAGAUAAUGGAGCGGAACGAAAGUGACUGAUUACGAAAGUGUGUGUGGCCGCCUGUGGUGUACGGUAAUGGCGCCGCUCCUCUCCUGUGUGCUCCGCCUGUGUAGGAU